AAAUCACGAAAUCAAAUUCUUUGUCCACAGCUAACUGCGUCAUUUUUGACAAAAUAAGUUGAGAUAUAACAACAGAUGGUCUUUGUUUCAUGAUUUACCAUACUGCGUUUCUUUUAUGUGUCAUCGGAUUUUCCACACGCAAGGAAUAGCCGUCAAAAACAACUUUAAUAUAAAUUAUUGACGAUUUAUUCAUAGGCAAGGGAAAUUUACCGAGAUCGAUAAGGACUUCUUGUGGUUUAAUUGUAUAUCAUUAACAAUAUCAAUAACAAGUUCUGAAUAAUAUUUGUGUAAAACAAUUACGAAUUGAAAGUGGUACGAUUGACUGAGCAAAGUGUUUAAUGUUAUGCGGUGAGACACAAUGCCGGGUGGUGUUUGGGAUCUGAUGCCGGUGAGGUGUCGGUGGAUCGAGACCCUGAGACACUGCGGGAAGACGCUGCUGCGCCGUCAGCGAAGAUUGCUGAGGAGGUUGAAGAAGGCGUACCUACACAGUUGGCGCUCUGCAGACGAGCUGAACAUGUUGGUGGGUGCGAAGGUGGGCGGUGCGACACCACUGGUCAUCGCGUGCAGGAAUGGACACUACGACGUGGCCGAAUAUCUCAUAGAGAGGUGCAAGGCGGACAUUGAACAGCCUGGAUCAGUGACAUUCGACGGCGAGACGAUAGAGGGCGCGCCUCCGUUGUGGUGCGCUGCGGCGGCAGGUCACCUACCAUUGGUGAAGCUGCUGGUCCGCGCCGGCGCAAACGUGAACUCCACCACGCGCACGCACAGCACGCCGCUGCGCGCCGCCUGCUUCGACGGACAUUGCGACAUCGUCAGGUUCCUUGUCGAGAAUGGCGCCGACAUAGAAAUAGCGAACCGUCACGGUCACACGUGCCUGAUGAUCGCGUGCUACAAGGGACACAUCAGGAUCGCGCGAUACUUACUGUCGCUCAACGCGGACGUGAACCGCAAGAGCGUGAAGGGCAACACGGCGCUGCACGACUGCGCCGAGAGUGGCUCGCUGCAGAUACUCAAGAUGCUGCUCGGACACGGCGCCACCAUGGACGUUGAUUCUUAUGGUAUGACGCCACUUCUAGCCGCCUCUGUAACCGGCCACACGCACAUAGUGGAGAGCCUGAUCAAGGUGGAGUACGGGCUGGUGACGCGGCAGCAGCGCAUCGACGCGCUCGAGCUCCUCGGCGCGACGUACGUCGACAAGAGACGCGACAUGGUCGGCGCGUUGGAGUUCUGGAAACGGGCCAUGGACGACAGGUUUCCAACAGACGGUAGAGAGCCGAUACCCAAACCGAAAGACGUGCCUCGCAUAGAAGCGUACGACUUCGCAGCGGAGCCGAGCAACGCGCAGCAACUAGAGGAGAUACUCGCCGACCCCGACGCGAUGAGGAUGCAGGCGCUCGUCAUCAGAGAGAGAAUUCUUGGUCCGGCGCACCCCGACACGUCGUACUACGUGCGGUACCGCGGCGCGGUGUACGCGGACGCGGGGCGCUUCCAGCGCUGCCGCCAGCUGUGGCACCACGCGCUCGACAUGCAGCGCGCCGUGCUGCCGCCGCUGUCGCCGCUCACGCAGUCCUCGCUCUACAGCUUCGCCGAGCUGUUCUCCUACAUGCUGGCCGAGAGGGCCCGGCCUCCGCUCAGAGGUCGCAUCGUACCACCAGUAACGUUCGAAGACAUAGACCCUGUAUUCAGGAAGGCACUAUCCGAGAUCAACCGCGGCGUGGAACUCCUAGAAUCAAAGCUGAGCAUCGACCGCGAGCAGACGCUGGCGACGCUGCAGCGGGUGCUGGUCAUAUCGCUGCACCUCGCCGCGCUGAUGGCGAGGCUGCUUGACGAACCGGAGUGCACUGAGGAGGUCUCCAGGAAGAUACACAAGGCUGUUUAUUCACUCGUUAAGUUAGAUAUUAAGGUGCGUCAAGGUCGCUCCGCGCUGCACGUGGCGUGCUCGGCGGAGGUGGCGCGCGCGCGGGCGGGGCGCGGCGCGGCGGGCGCGGCGGGCGCGGGGGGAGCGGGGGCCGCGCCGCCCGCCGCCGACGCGCACGCGUGCUGCGGCGCGCUCGUCGCGCUCAUGCUGCGGCUGGGCGCUCCGCCCGACGCACGCGACGCCGACGGCAACACGCCGCUGCACCUCGUCUGCAAGCUAAACCCAUGUCCAGCGGAAGUGGUCCGCGAGCUCCUGGCCCACGGCGCCCACAUCGACACCGUGAACUACGAGGGCGACACGCCUGAGGAGCUGCUCAGGGUGAACCAGCAGUCGCUGAGCGCCAUCGUGAACCCGCUGAAGUACACCACGCUGAAGUGCCUGGCGGCGCGUACGGUGAAGAACUACCGGCUGCCGUACCGACACGUGGUGCCGCAGUGCUUGCACGCCACUAUCAUCACGCACUGAGACGCGCUAGUGUAAAGAUAUUUCCUGUUAAAACUAUAUCAUCACGAAGCCGCAGUCUUGCUUGCCUUCAAAUCAAUAUCCUCGUGUGCAUCAGUGGAGACAGGAGUGGAAACCACGAUACGCGCCGAUUGCACAUUUCCCGCAGUCCAAGGAAUUGGUGACAUUGACAUGCGCGACUGUCAACUUGACAUGUGUCAAUGUGACAUACACUACUAGACGUUUAGAUGUGUAGUUUUUGUUCGUAGCUAAACACUAUUUGUAGCAUUUUGAAAUGGAGUGAUCAGUGUAAUAUUUAGUAUAUUAUUUUGAGGCUACGUUUGUAUUGUUUUUUUUUAUACCACCGGGGGUCAUUUAUUGUAUCGGGUUUGCCGGCAUAUUAUCUAGUUUUUUCCGAUUGAAAUUAUUCUAUAUUAGUUUAUUCGUUCAGUGAUAAUAAUUUUAAAUUGGUUUAAUUUUUACAUUAUAGAAUUUGGUCAAUAUUUUUAAUUGUUAAUCAUUUUGUAUAUUAAUUUUCUUACCGGUACUAAUCAUGGCUGCGACAACGGACUGCUUUAAUUUGUCUUAAUAUUUCGUGAUAUUAAAUUUAUUUCUUUCUAUGUCGACAAAGGUGAAUUGGUGGUCUGUAUUUGCAAUUAUUUAUGUAUAUUAAUUAUUUCUUUGAACAUUUUUACUAGUAUAUUAAAAUAAUCGCAAUAUUAUCGAAACACAAAUUAUAAACUGUGUCAUUUAAUAAAAUGGGUACUAAAUAUAUGCAAUUUUGAAACAAUAUACUAAUACAAUAACUACGCCAGUGAAUAUCCAUAGUUUCGUAUAAAAUAUGUUACUAUAACGCAUUUGAUGUGAGGUAUAAACAAAACGCUUAACAUGUCACAAUUUUAUGUAGUUAGUGUAUGGACGUAAAGCUCAAUAUAUCGUAAAAAGCUGUUAUAACGUGUGUCACGCACUAUUGUAACUUAUCGAUAACAAUAAUAGUAUGUCGAUAUUUUGUAACACCAUAUUCAAAUUCUAAAGUUAUUCGUAUAAUCAAAAUAAUCAUUGGUAAUAAUAUUGGGGAUUAAGAUAUAUAUUAUACAUUAAUACUGAUUACGAGUAAAAGUGAUGUUUACUGCCAGAUGUAUCGAGUUAGUGAGAUGUUCGACGAAAUAAAUAUCGACAUUUUGUACUAGGCCAUCGAGUGAUAUUCUCUUUUAUAUCAAAGUAUUUUAGUUAGGUAUAUCGCACACGACGUUGGGCUAGAGUUUUAAAAAUCGUUCGUGUGUAUUCGCCUUCUCUAGUCCUUUGUAAUAUUAGUACGUUUCGGAUGAUAGUGUUGUAUUUGAUUUGACAUUGAAGGGUUCCAAACAGUGAUAUUUAUCGGUGCCAGCCGACGGUUCGCUUCACAAUGCCUGUCAAUGAAUAUAUAUUUUGUCAAAUUAGUGUCAAUGGAUAAUUGCAAUGGAAUUUCGACUAUAUAUUUUUAACGUAGAGUAAUAAAUGGCUUGAAUAUGAUCAGUCGUCAAACGGUAUGCGGUCAUCAUCGCCAUCCAUCGAUCUAUGUAAACAAAUUACUGUUAGUGAAUUUAGAAUAUAAUGGAGAUAUAAAUUGGCUUUGUAUAUUAGCUGUAUCGAUAAAAAUAGAACUGAUUUGAUUACGUUACUAUCGAUUUGUAUCCUACUGGCAGCGUUGCCGUUUAUUUCAUAUAGUGUGUAUUUUGUCAUAGUAAUUAUCAUUUAGCAACAGCGUGUUUACAUGCUAGUUUAUUUUUGAAAUUAAUAAUAAUGCUUUAAAAAUA